AACCUUAUGCCGAUCAUGUGUCUGCCUCUAGCCUCAAGGUGCAAUAGUGCAACCCUCGCUUCUCACUGCCUGCAGCUUAUAUAAAGAGACGGGGCGGAGGUGAGACUAUUACCUCUGACAAGGAUCAUAAACCAUGAAGUUGACUGUUCUUCUGCUGACGAUUGGGCUCCUGGCAGGGGCCCAGGCUCGGUCAUUCUUCAAAGAUGCACCUAAGACAAAAUGGGAGUCUGCCCUGGAUAGUUUCUGGCAGACACUCAACAAAGUGGAGGAGGCGGCAGAUGAUGCCACAUCAAAGAUGAGAGACUCUGAGCUUGGCAAAGAACUUGAUGGACUUAUCAAAGAAACAAUGCAGGAAUUAAGUAAUUACGCAGAUGACCUAAAGAGUAAAGUUGGACCUAUGGCUCAAGAUGCCCAACAACGUUUCACUGAUGAGAUUUCUGCUCUGGCUGAUAAGCUAAAGGAAGACAUGGAGGACACAAAGUCCAGAGCCAUCCAAUACUCAGGAGACCUGCGUUCCAUGUUUGAUCAGAACAUUGAGGAUGUCCAGGGAAAAGUCAGCAUGUACAUGAAGAAGUUGAAGAAACGUCUUGCCAAGGACAGCGAAGACCUCAAGAGCAAGCUCAACCAGUAUGGUGAAGAACUCGGCAAGAACACUCAAGAAAAGGUGGAAAAUAUCCGUAAAACAAUUGAGCCCUAUGUGACCAAUCUAAAGAAAAAGGGACAGGAACGGCUCCAAUCUCUGAAAGACGCUAUGGAUGAACAAGGGAAACAACUCAGGGAUAGAUUCUCCUCCGUAUCCAAAGAUGUCCAAACCAAGGUUAAAAAGAUGGCUGCUGAUGCAAAGAGUAGCAUAGAUAAGUUAUCAGAGCAGAUGCGCAAGUGGUUCAACCCCCCCAUUGACAACCUGCGUAACCAGCUUCAAAAUCUUGCAAAGAGCCUGCAGCUUAAGAAAGCAUAAAAGGUUUGUCAGUUUUCCUGUAUAUAGCGCCCCACUCCUAACUUGUCCAGUGUAACAGUUCUGUGAAUAGCUGCCAAUCUAAGAACAAGAGCUUGCAAUCCAAGUAAAGUUAUAUCGAUAGAACAUAACAUUUACGAGCAGCCGCUUCAUCUUCAUUUUAAAUCAUGCCUUGGAGAAGCAGAGCAUUUACAUUGAUGAUUUGCAGUAGGGUCAGGCCUACGUGGACAGAAGUCUAGAGUCCUUUGUAGCUAAAGGAAUGGGACAAGUAUUCCAGUCUCCUACUAAGCUCUAAAUCAAUGAAAACCUGCUAUUUUCGAGAGGCCAGGGGAACAGUAUAGUUAUCACAAGACCAAACACUGAUUAUCAGUGUUUUGACACCCAAGUGAACAUCUGCAGUUCCAUCCAGUCACCUGGGGGGCAAAGAAGAAGUAAUAAAUUGCACAAACAGCUGAAGUAAUGGCAUCAACACUUUGUUCUCUAUAUAGUGCCUUCAGCAAUACUUAUGGCCCUUCUGAUGUAUUGCAAAGUAACAAUGCAGCCUGUUUCUAUCUGCUGUUUCACAGUAUAUCCUCCUUAUUAGUACAGCACUGGCUGUGCACGGAACUUUACCAUAUCCAGCAAGUAUUUCUUCUACUGUGUCAUUUUCCAGCUAUGUCUCUUUAUAUUGUCUUAUGUGUUUUUGUAAUGACUGUCCGUGUAUUAUCCUCAGGUUUGUUUAUAUGGAACUCAUAGACUGCCUGUCAGCUGUGCAAAAUAUAUAUUUUUGUCAACUACAAUCAAUAUAUUUUAAAUAAAGGGAACGGCUGAUAGUU